CGUAAAAUGGAGUUGUGGAGUGUGGUGUUUGUGUGGUGUGUUUUGUGUUUCGGUUUUCUUCACACCGAAGCCAUUGUUAAGCUCCGAGGAAACGAAACAAUUCCAGCACUGAUUUUAUUCGGAGAUUCGAUCGUGGACACAGGCGCUAACAACAACUUAAUCACAGCGUUUAAGAGCAAUUUUCCUCCUUAUGGAAGGGAUUUCCAUGGCGCCCAACCAACAGGAAGAUUCAGCAAUGGCAAGGUUCCUUCUGACUUCGUUGCGGAAGAAUUGGGAAUCAACGAAUAUUUAGCAGCAUACACGAGUCCAGGUUUGAAACCUGAUGAUAUGUUGAAGGGAAUCAACUUCGCUUCGGGUGGCACAGGAUAUGAUCCUUUCACCGCACAACUUGCCUCAGUGAUACCGUUAUCGGAGCAACUGGAGCAGUUCAAAGAAUAUAUAGGAAAGCUGAAAGCAAAUUUUGGAGAAGCGAAAACGAACUUCAUCUUGUCCAAAAGUUUAGUUCUUGUGGUAUCAAGCAGCAACGACAUUGCCAACACCUAUUUUGCAUCUGGAAUUAGAAAACUGGAUUACGACGUUCCCAAUUACACUGACAUGUUAGUUCAAUACGCCUCUUCUUUCGUUAAGGAAUUGUACGGUUUGGGGGUAAGGAGAAUAGGAGUGUUUGGUGCACCUCCAUUAGGAUGCGUACCUUUCAUGCGAACAUUGUUUGGAGGUGUAGAAAGAGAAUGCGGAGAGGAAAUAAACAUGGCGUCAAAACUGUUCAAUUCUAAACUCUCUGCAGAGCUUCACAAGCUACAACGUCGAAAUUGGCCUCAAUCCAGGAUUGUGUAUAUCCAUAUUUACGAUCCUUUGCUGAAUAUCAUUCAAAAUCCAACCAAAUAUGGAUUAGAAGUUGUUGACAGGGGAUGCUGCGGCACAGGGUCUGUAGAGGCAGGAAUUCUGUGUAACCCGUUGGAUCUGGAAACCUGCACAGAUGAUUCUAAAUAUGUGUUUUGGGACAGCUACCACCCCACGCAGAGGACGUAUCAGAUUCUUGUUGGUGAAAUCCUCCACAGAUAUAUAAACAACUUUUCUUGAAAGAAUUCCCACCUAAUUCUUGUUUAUUGCCCUUAAUUCUUAAUUCUUUGUCUUCCAUUUUAGAUAAAACCGUCCCUUCGUUAGAGUUUCAAUGCAAAUAUUUUGCUUAAUUUGUUACAAGUUAUAUCUCUUCUCAUAUAUGGUCCCAAGUCAAGAUGACAACUUCAAUUUUAGAUAAUGAACAUGA